AUGUCGGAAUCAGAAACAGGGCAACCAUCACAGAGCAGCACAUGUUCGACGUUAUCAGCUGCAGUUGAAGAUGACCACCCAUCGAAGUCAAAGCCAAGUGAUGCAAUAUCCGUUGCCACAUCAGAAUCUGCCAAUACGACAACUGAGAAACUUCACUUGACGCUGCCCGGGAUAUUUCGUCGCAGGUGUUCCCACACAUCGUCAUUGUCGUCGUCAUCAAACCAUGCCAUAGACCUUGAAAAAAUCAAAAGAUUGUACACUUUGGCUGUAGAUGAGGUUAAUUACGCCGAGGAUUCGCGAGGGUCAGCUUACUAUCAAGGAGAUCUUAUCUCCGCGCGCGAAGCCAUCGAUGACUGCAUCAAUGCAUUUAUGGAACUUAUUCAGGAAACAACUGACCCGUCUUUACAAGCUAGCGUGCGAGCUACGAUUGCUCAUAAGAUGACUGAGCUUCAAAAUCGAUACGACGCGUUGCCGAAACCCGACGACAACGGCUCAUAA